CACCACUGGUACCUGAGAAACCAAAGAGUUGCUAUAGCUCAAGCAUCAUGGUCCUGAUAUGGCUCCUCGAAAUAGCAGUGCUUUUAUCCGCGAGCAUGGCGGAGCCUCCACCUCCCGCCACAUUCUACGGAAUCGAAAUUUUCCCCCAAGCACCUAUCACAAAGUUUCAAAGCACACUUCUCAUUCCUUCCGUAACCCCAGACAAAGACCCUAAAUCGGUCCAAGGUCUUCGUUCCAUGUGGCCAGGUUUAGAACCCGACCCUGUGUCUUGCUUGAUCCAAAACGUUCUUUCAAACUUGAACCAACCACCAAAACCAACAGUCGAUAAUGCGUGGUACUUUUUCCCGUACUGGUGUUGCAAUCCAGCCAUGGAUCUCGUUGAUGACAGAGUUCGACGUGAUCUACUUCAGAAUACUUACCAAUGGAAUCCCGAAACAAAAAAUUGGUAUCAAAACUGGUUGGUAGAACCUGGGAAGCUGGGCCACGAAGGAGGUGUUCCGCCGUUCGGUGGAGGGCUAGUCACAGAUGGCCACUUCGACACAAAGUACACUGAAAACAACUGGUCUCCAUUGGUAAAGGCAACUCUAUCGAUCGAGCUUCAGGAUGAAGGGAAAUGGGAUUUUGGAAUUGUCGAGUGGAGGAAUGUUAUCAUCGAGGCAGAAACCAACGAGACUGAAUGGUGUGUCAACAUCCUUGACAAGGAUGAUAAAUUCGAAAUGCAAAGAACCCAACCGAUAGCCACCGUCAACGGCAACACCAACAAGACGACUUGCUACAUUGCGUACAUCACCUUUCUUGGGCCGAACUAAGGGAAGAAUCACAUCCGGAAAUUAUAU